CCGAUGAUGCUGGGUGUGUGGUCCCUGCUUCUCCUCUGGGGUCUGGUGACUCCGUGCCAGGGGCUGCUUGAGACAGUGGGCACGCUGGCUCGGAUUGACAAGGAUGAACUCGGCAAAGCCAUCCAGAACUCACUGGUUGGGGGGCCUAUCCUGCAGAAUGUGCUGGGGACGGUCACAUCGGUGAACCAAGGCCUCCUGGGCUCGGGGGGCCUGCUCGGAGGAGGUGGCCUGCUGAGCUACGGAGGGGUUUUUGGCGUCGUCGAGGAGCUUUCUGGCCUGACGUUUGAGGAGGUCACACUGCCAAAGGUGUCUCUGAAGCUGCUGCCGGAGUUUGGGGUGCAGGUGACCCUGCACACCAAGGUGGGCCUGCAUGGCUCUGGCCCCCUGGGGGGACUCCUGCAGCUGGCCGCCGAGGUGAACGUGUCGUCGCGGGUGGCACUGGGCGUGAGCGCGCGAGGUACGCCCAUCCUCAUCCUCAAGCGCUGCAGCACGCUCCUGGGCCACAUCAGCGUGCUCUCGGGGGUGCUGCCUGCACCGCUCUUUGGGGUUGUGGAACAGACACUCUUCAAAGUGCUGCCAGGAUUGCUGUGCCCCAUGGUGGACAGUGUGCUGGGCGUGGUGAACGAGCUCCUGGGAACUGUGCUGAGCUUGGUGCCCCUUGGGGCUCUUGGGUCCGUGGAAUUCACUCUGGCCACACUGCCUCUCAUCUCGAACCAGUACAUAGAGCUGGACAUCAAUCCCAUCGUGAAGAGCAUAGCAGGUGACAUCAUCGACUUCCCCAAGCCCCACCACCCCAUCAAGGUGCCCCCCAAGGAGGACCACACAUCCCAGGUGACCGUGCCUCUGCACCUCUUCAACACUGUGUUUGAGCUUCUGCAGACCAAUGGUGCCCUUGACCUGGACAUCACCCCUGAGCUGGUUCCCAGCAAUGUCCCAUUGACAACUACAGACCUGGAGGCUUUGGCCCCUGAGGGCCUGAGGAAGUUGCCCCCUGGUCAGCAGCUCCUGCUCUCACUGCGGGUGAAGGAAGCACCCAUGGUCACGCUCCAGAACAAGAAGGCCACGGUCUCCAUCCCAGCUGACAUCCAUGUGCUAUCCUACCUCCCUAAAGGGACCCCUGAAGCCCUCUUCGAGCUGAACGGGGUGAUGACUUUAAAUGCCCAGCUGGCUCCCUCGGCUACCAGGCUGCACCUCUCCCUGUCUCUGGAACGUCUCAGUGUCAAGCUGGCCUCCCCCUUCAGCCACGCCUUCGAUGCAUCCCGCUUAGAAGAAUGGCUCAGUGAUGUGGUCCGAGUGGCUUAUGUGCCGAAGCUCAACGUGAACCUGGAUGUUGGAAUUCCCCUGCCUAAGGUUCUCAAUGUCAAUUUUGCCAAUGCAGCCCUGGAGAUCAUAGAGAAUGCCGUUGUGCUGACUGUGGCAUCGUGA